GACUUAUCAGAUUUCACAAGAAACAGAUAGUAGUAUAAAUAGUGAGAAUUUUCAGUGAGAAGAUUCAGACGAGUGUUUGGUGGAAUUAUUCAUAGUCAUGCGUUGUGCAUUUUUGUUCCUCGCGGCUCUAGUCGCAUUGACGACUGCCUCUCAGAGAUCAUACGAUGGAUACCAAGUUAUGACUAUCAAAACCGAUGAUAGUCAAAAAUUGGACAUGCUGUUCCAGUGGCAGGAGCAAGGAAUUGAUUUCUGGGAUAAUCUCAAUUCAAUUGGUCGUCCAAUGCGAGUGAUGAUUCCACCAAACCUUCAGACUGACUUUCCCGCCUUCCUCAGAGAUAAUGAGAUUUCACAUGAGCUGAUCAUUCCCAACGUAGAACCUGUUUUGGAACAGGAGAGGAAGGAUCAGAUAGAGAGCCGUGCACGAGCUAUGGUGAAACGCCGGUUCGCACCAAGGGCAACUGCAGACUUCUCAUACUAUUGGCAGCCUAGUGAAAUCAAUGCGUACCUCCGCAACCUCGCUACUGAAUAUCCAAAUUUGGUAACUGUUGAAGUUGCUGGUGAAAGCUUCGAAGGACGUGAAAUCCUUGUCGCUAGGAUUUCCAAUAGCAAUUUUGAUGGUACUAAGCCUAAGAUCUUCAUUGAUGCUGGAGUUCACGCACGUGAAUGGAUCGCACCUAUGUCAGCACUCAAUCUUAUCCACGAACUUGUGGAACAUUCAGCUGAUAAUGCUGAUUUUCUUGCAUGCGAUUGGAUCAUCAUUCCUACUGUGAAUCCUGAUGGAUACCAAUAUACCCAUGAUAGUGAUCGCUUUUGGAGGAAAACGCGAUCCGUUAAUCAGGGAAGUAAAUGCAGGGGUGUGGACGGAAACAGAAAUUAUGGAUAUUUCUGGGGACAGGGGGCUGGAAUCAGUACUAAUCCAUGUUCUGAUGUUUUCUUGGGUCGUGAACCUCAUUCUGAGAAGGAGAUACAGGCUGUUGUAAAUGAAAUGGCAAAGGAUGCUAGUGGAAUCAGAUUAUAUCUUAGCUUCCAUUCUUACGGCGAUUGGUUGCUGUUUCCAUGGGGCUACGAUCGUAUUCUUCAUGAUAAUCAUGAGCAACUCAACCAAGUUGGUGAAUUGGUAGCUGAAGCGAUUAGAACUGCACAUGGACGCCAAUACACCACCGGAAAUUCUGCCAUUCUUCUCUACCCAGCAGCCGGAGGUAGUGACGAUUACGCUGCUGGAGUGCAUAACAUCAAUCUUUCAUACACAGUUGAACUUUCUGGAGGUGGUUUAGGAGGAUUUGAUCUACCAGCAAGUCAAAUUGUAACGGUGACCCGAGAGAUUUUCACUGGACUGCGUGCCUAUGCUCAAUACGUUGCUACCAAUUUCUAAAUAAAUACAACAGCCUCUUAAAGGAAA